AAGCAUGUACAAGAUGUAGUGUUCCAUCUAUUUUGACUUCAAAAAUAAAUUCAAAAGGAAUAUAUAUUUUUAAAAAAGAUUAUAUAGUUGAUUCAAUUAACAAUGGCUCCUCCAAAAAGUCGUAAAAUUGCCGUGAUGGGAUUCCGUUCAGUUGGAAAGUCUUCUUUAACGAUUCAGUACGUAGAGGGACAGUUUGUAGACUCGUAUGACCCGACAAUUGAAAACACUUUUACGAAAAGCGUAAAAUACAAAGGACAGGAAUUUCUCUUAGAGCUGAUCGAUACUGCUGGUCAGGAUGAAUAUUCAAUAUUUCCACAGUCUUAUUCCAUGGGCAUCCAUGGAUAUAUUAUAGUAUAUACUGUAACUUCUGCAAAAAGUUUUGAGGUUGCAAAAGUCAUCCAUGAAAAACUUUUAGAUAUGACUGGACAAAACUAUGUUCCAAUGGUACUUGUUGGAAACAAGACUGAUUUACACAUGGAAAGAGUUGUUAGUACAGAAUCAGGGAAAGUGGUUGCUAACUCUUGGAAGGCAGCUUUUUUUGAAGCUUCUGCCAAGGAAAAUAGUUGUGUCCAGGAAAUUUUCAAUACCAUGCUAUACGAGAUAGAAAAGCAUCAAAAUGGACCAGAAGAUAAAAAAGAAGAUUGUAAUAUCUUAUGACAACUUUGUUUUAUUUAAUAUUUGGAAAAGACAUAUAGUGACAGCAUGAUUACUGCAUAUUAAGAAAAAUUCAAAUCAUCGUGAAAAAUCUGUGGCAAAGAUACUAUUGGUUUUUCACAUUCUUGAAGUAAUAUUUCAAAGCCGACAAUGGGGACUGGACAAGAUUCCUGGGGGGGGGUACUCCGUCAGAAUUUGGGUAGGGGUGUUCCGCUGGGAUUCUGAAAGGGGUACCCUGUUUAUGACAAAAAAACCCAAAUUUGUAGACCCUGUUCGU